GGUAUGGCAACUUGCUUGUAUUGGAAAGUCAACAGCUGUCAUUAUAAGAUUUUGGUGAUAAAAUAUAUAGACUACAACAAGUACAAAUUAACACCAAAUUAAGUAAUACACUUUUAAAAUUUGCGAAAAACCAAUAAAAUUAGGUAAAAUGGCUUUCUAUAGCUGUGCCAGACUUAGUGCGAAGCCAGUUCUUGCGAGCUUGGGAAGAUUUCCCCUUACAUUGAAAUCUGCUCACUACGCCCAAGCUGCGGUUGUUCCAAAAGUAAAUUUCAAAAAAUUUGAGGCACCAAAACUCGAACAUUAUGACGACAAAAACGCCCGUCUCAAACGUCCAUUGUCUCCUCAUCUUACCAUUUACGCGCCCCAGCUGACGAGUAUGCUGUCCAUUACGCAUCGAACUGCAGGUAUUAUCUUAUCUGGGUAUGCCAGCGUAUUGGGCAUUGGAGCGUUAGUAUUACCUCACGAUGUGUCCCAUUACAUAAUGAUGAUUGAAGGUCUGAACCUGUCUCCGGCAACCAUUUUCCUUGCCAAGUUUUUGAUUGCCGCACCAUUUGGAUACCACUUUGCUAACGGUUUACGUCAUUUGUAUUGGGAUACUGCGAAAGGAUUGACAAUUAAAGAAGUUUACUCCACUGGAUAUGCGAUGCUAGCGACCGCAACUGCUAUUACAUUGUUCCUUGCUGCAUUGUAAAUAUUGACGAAGUAGGGUAGUAAGAAAAAAAAAAUAUUGAAAUGUUAUUUAUUUGUUUUGAAUAUAAGUAUUAAACAUUAAUAUAUCAGA